GUGGUUGAGACGGAAAAAAAUUCAUACCGCGUUUAAAGUAAUUAAGAAAAGUUUGGAUUGUGCAAUAGAAGUGAAUUGAUAAUUUAGUGGAUAUUGAGCGAAUAAAUCAAUAUAAAGAAGAAAGGAAUUAGUUCCAAUAAAUAAAGAUUAUAAUUAAAAUCUGACGCUCAACAAUUGUGUCCAUAAUUAAUUUUUAUAAUUCUCCCAUUCUCCUUCCACAUCGUCUUUCGAUAUUUCUUUUAUUACACUGAAAAAAAGGAAUAAAAGAAGCAAUAAGUAUAAUACGAAAAAGAAUAUGACGAAAUGCAACAAAGAGGAAGAAGAGAAAUGUUGAUGGAUUUUAAUUAAUGAUUGCAACAUCUCGUCCAUAUUUAUAUGAAUUCCUCAUACAUAUAGUAUUUUUCGUGGUGCAGCAAAAUUGACGAUAAUAUUAACUUUUUUACAAUAAUAAAGUUCAUUGAAUUUAUAAUGUACGAAUUGUGUGCAUAAAAGGGAAGUAAUAUUUAUAUUCAAGAAUGGGAACAAUGCAAAAAAUUCAUGCACCGGCCGUAUGCGAUAAAGUUCUUGCCGGCGUUCCGCAAUUACUCGAUGAUUUUCAUAAAAUGAUUGAUGAUCAGGAGACUGCGGAUGUCGUUUUUCUUUUGGGUCGCGAAGAGGAAAGAAUUUAUGCACAUCGAUUAAUCCUCAUGGCUCGAUGUAAAAGCUUUCAAGUUACUGCUACAAGCAACAAAGCAAGAGGAGACAUUUGUAGAAUCCCUGGAUCAACUGUCUUACCACCGUCGUCUCCUGGCACACCAGCUUUAAUUCGAUUACCCCAUAUCCGUGCUGAAGAUUUUCGACAAUUUAUUACUUAUGUUUACACUGCAAAAAUUAUAUUGCAUGACUCGAAAGUCUUCCAAAUUAUGAUCAUUGCUAAUGAUCUUGGGUUAAAUGAUUUGAAGACAGCGUGUGAGGAUCACGUUAUUGCAACAAUGUCUGUCGAUAAUGCAUGUUGCUUUUUAACAAAUGCAUUGGAAAUACAAGAAAAGGUCGGCGGUAAAUGUACAGACUCGUUUGUUGAUCGCUGCAUUGCAUUCAUCGGUGAAAAUGCUAACGAGUGUACAAAAACAAACGGAUUCUUAAAGCUCUCUAAAGAUGCGAUUGUUAAGAUUAUCUCAUCGGAUUUUCUGUGCCUUGAAGAAGAGAAUGUUUUUCGUGCCGUGCUAGAAUGGAGUAAAAAUCAAGCCGGUGUGACUCAGCCACUUCCACAUUGGAACGAAGAAGAACGUCAAAGAGUUUGUAAAUAUCUUUCACCGAUCAUUCAUCACGUUCGACUGUUAUUAAUUGAUAGUCAAGUUUUUGCCGAAGAAAUAGAACCAACGGGAGCUAUUCCAAUGGAGUUGGUGCUUGAAAGAUAUCGAUUUGCAGCUCUACAAUCAAAUAAACUUCCAGGAAUGCCACCAAUUCAAAGUGUUUCUACAGAAUUUGAUAAGCGUUUGCAACCUCGUUUGUCACUUAAUUUGUUUCCAGGAUCGAAUAUUCUGAGAAAUGACAAGAUGCAUCUACAGACAACACUGAAUAAUUGGUAUGGAAAUCCAAAGCAAACAUGGCGUUUAGUUUACAGAGCAUCAACCCAUGGAUAUACGGCAGCUGCAUUUCAUCGCUUGUGUGACGGAAUUGCACCACUUAUGGUCGUUGUCUUGGGUUAUCGAGGUGAAAUAAGUGGAGGUUUUACAGACGUAGCAUUCACAAAGACUAAUCGUAAAGGAGGAUAUUUGCAUGGCGAACGUUGCUUCUUAUUUGCUCUUAGUUCGCCUCAAGCCAAUUUUCAAGUUGCAAAAUACGACAUUGUAAAGAAACCGUAUUCGAUAUGCUAUUAUAAGGAAUGCGGACCGAUUUUUGGAGCCGGAGCUGACUUAUUGAUUGCCAAUAAUUGUAACGUAAAUACUGACUCAUACUCAAACUUGCCACAUUCUUAUGAUGGACCAAGUGCAUCAUACACAUCACUUUUUGGAGAUUAUAAUUUCAUGAUUAAUGAUUACGAAGUAUUCACUUUAGGAUAAGUACUGAUUCAUUUCAUUAAGAACUGUUGCUAAUCUGCAAUUUUUGAGAUUAAAAGUAAAGCUGACAAUAAAAUAUUUUUAACAAUGGUCUAUUUUGAGCAUUUAGUGUUGUUUCAAAUUCUUUGUGCUAAACCAGUAGUUAAAGUCUAAUCUUAACAAAAGUUGUGAAAGUGGAGCAGAGCACAAGCC